CAAACCAUCAUUGAUUCUUCCCUGAGCAAAAAAAGGCUCCAACUUUCUGCUCGACUCGUUUUCGGGUCAUCAUCUCUGGCUUGCUCCUCCGUGUUUUCGUGACCAAGAGUGAGAAAGGAAAGCGGUCAUUAAUGGCGGAUGAGGUUGUUAGCAACAAGCAGGUGAUUUUGAGGGACUACGUGGAGGGCUUCCCCGAGGAGUCCGACAUGGACGUGACAACGGGGACGGUGAGGCUCUCCGUCCAGGCAGGGUCCAACGCCGUACUGGUCAAGAAUCUAUACCUGUCCUGCGAUCCCUACAUUUGGAACCGCAUGAAGAAGCUCGCUGGGAGCUAUACCGAAUCCUUGAAGCCCGGCUCUCCGAUAUCUGGAUAUGGGGCGUGCAAAGUUAUUUAUUCGGGGCACCAAAAAUUCAAGAAGGGAGACCUGGUCUGGGGAAUCACCGGAUGGGAAGAAUACACACUCAUCACUGCACCGGAGACUUUGUUCAAGAUCGAGCACAUGGAUGUGCCCGUCUCCUACUACACUGGUCUCCUCGGAAUGCCCGGGAUGACUGCACAUGGUGGGUUUUUCAGGGUGUUCUGUCCGAAGAAGGGAGAGACCAUGUUCAUUUCCGCAGCAUCGGGAGCAGUGGGUCAACUUGUUGGUCAGUUUGCGAAGUUGACGGGAUGCUAUGUUGUUGGAUGCGCCGGUAGCAAAGAGAAGGUCGACCUGCCGAAGAACAAGUUUAAGUUUGAUGAUGCUUUCAACUAUAAGGAAGUGACCGACCUGGCCGCAGCCCUCAAAAGAUACUUCCCAGAUGGGAUUGAUAUCUACUUCCAAAACGUGGGGGGAAAGAUGCUCGAUGAAGUGCUGCUCAACAUGAAGUCACAUGGGCGGAUUGCAGCGUGUGGGAUGAUCUUGCAGUACAACCUUGAGCAGCCCGAGCCGGUCUACAACCUCACGCAGAUCAUUGCGAAACAGAUCCGGAUGGAGGGUUUCGUGGCCUUCGAGUUCUAUCCCCAGUACCCGGAGUACCUGGAGAUGGUACUGCCUCAAAUCAGAGAAGGGAAGAUAGUAUACGUCGAAGACAUCGCUGAGGGCAUCGAGAGCGGCCCGGCUGCCCGAAUUGGGCUCUUCUCUGGCAAGAAUGUCGGAAAGCAAGUGGUCGCAGUGGCUCGUGAAUAAGAGGGACCCUGGAUAUCUGCCAUUUCCCUCUCCCAUGGAUCAGAGAGAGAGAUAUACAGUUGCUUUCAUUUUCGGGUUGAUCUUACUCCAAAUUGAUGUCCUCUGUUCUAUUAUUGUCAUCACUGCCGAUUCCGCUACUUUUGUUUAUCAAUAGAAGGUUCCAUUGACUACACUAUAGAAAUUCUUCAUCAACCUUGGACGUGGUUUGGUUGUCCAGGAGCGCAUAAAGUUCGUCCAGUAACAACACGUACGG